CGGCUGCCCGUAGGACAGAUGGUCGCGUGCGGUUCUUUGAUGAUGAUGCAACGAGGCGGAGGAAGCAGGGAAGCGUGGUCGUAUUUAGCACGGGACAGUAACGCGACGCGGAACGCGAGUGGCCCCGGUACGGUGCCCCGGUGCCCUGACCUUUCAUCACACAGACUAACAACGUCUGCUGAAGACACAGACGUGCACGCGCAUGCCGAGUGAAGUCACGUCACGGCGACGACCCGACCGCUUCAUGCACAGCUGCUUACGUUUAGUCUUUGAUCUGUUUUUAAUGUCUUGAAUGAAAAACUUUGAUUAGCUGUCAGCGUUGGUUUGCAAACAGUUCGUGUUGCACGAAAAAAAAAAAACGGCGGUGCCUUUAUUCAUGAAGGAGGUCGACGUAGAGAGGUCAGAGGUCAAGGGCGGCUGCGCUGGUGGGUCAAACAGGAGGUACCAGGGGGCCAGAAGGAUCCCGGCCCUCAGGAGAGACACAAACCAGCCAGCAGGUGAAUCAAUAUGAUCACAAAGCAACGAGAUGAGAGACACACAGCAACUAUUAAGAGACAUAAACGGACAUUAAAGUGUCACUAACACAAAACAAUUACAAAGAGAAAGAAACCAUGGGGAACAUGAGGACAUUAGGAAAGGUUUUAUUUUCCAGGCUUGAUUCCACCAGCAGAUUUCAACGAGGUCAUUUGAUUGCGUGUGUCCCGAUCCAUAAACACAUGGACACUUCUAACGCCGGGACAUUUAUGAGGACGAUGUGAACCAAAGUGGCCCCGUGGGGGAAAGUAAGGAAGGAACUAAAAGUUAUGAGCUCUCAGCCUCUGCUGCGUCAUGAUCGACUUGAACCCACAUUCAAAUUACAAACGAUUUGCCAACAAAAACGUAUUUUAUCUCCAAUGUGUGAGGAGGUUGUUCGUAUGAAUAAAAACUCUCAGGUUUACAGAUGAUCUGUUUUCUGUUCAUUUUCUCUCAUCAGACAGACAGAAUGUUCAUCGUCCACAUGUUAGAAUGUUAGAAUAUUAUAUAAUUAUCAGAACAUCUGGGCUGCCCCGUGUGGCUCAAAGCAGAACUGCAGAUGUAAUUAUGAAACGUGAACAUUAGCUCCGCCCACCAGGAAUCAGUGAUCUGACCACUAGAGACACGCUCGGCUGUCUGUCUCACCGCCUGUCCACUGUCCACUGUUUGACUGUCUGUUGUCUGUACAACAUCUGUCUUUAUAUCAGUCCGUCUCUCGUUCUGUCUCUCAGUAUUCAUGUCUGUCUCUAUCCACCUGUCUGUGUUCAUGUCCGUCUGUCUCCCUAUGUCACUAUCUGUCUCUCUGUAUUCAUGUUUGUCUGUCUCUCUAUCUCUCUGUCUGUCUUCAUGUCUCUCUGUAUUCAUGUCUUCCUGUCUUCAUGUCACUCUGUCUCUCUAUAUUCAUGUCUGUCUCUCUAUCCACCUGUCUGUCUUCGUGUCUACUUUGAUACCCUCACCUCAGGUCUUUACCUUUCCACCUCUUGGUCUUUCAAAUGGGACAGUGACUGUCCCUCUGAGCAGAGACCGAGGCCCGACGACGUGUCCCGUCCCUGUUUGUGUCCACAGUCUCAGUUGGACGCCAUGAGGCUGAACCACCUCCACGCGGCGGCGAUGGCUCCGGGCCCGAGUCACGCGAAGCCCAGGGAGGACAGGACGGACGCGAGGAACCACCAGAGAGUUCGCCGAUCCGACUCGGUGGACAGCAGCCACUCCAAGCCGCCCGUCCCCGAGAACCGGAUCAGCACCAUCCCCGAGCUCACCGAGUCCUUCGAGAGGAGGCUCCUCCUCCGCGACGACGGCGCCACGUCUCCGGCCCACAGAGACAAGCUGUGCCUGAUCUGUCACGAGGACAUGAAGCGGAGCGGCGGAGCGGCUCGAGAGGCGCACUGUUCACACCGCUGCCACCGAGAGGCGUCCCGGGGGGGUCCAGCUCCCCACGGCGAGGCGGCGGCGCGUCACGCGAGGAGGCUCUCGGAGGAGAGGAGGAACUCCGCGGACGGGCGCAUCUCGGUGGAGAAGGAGGAGCACGCGGCGCGACGUCAGCUCUCGCUGCGCAGACACCGCUGACGGCGCCCGGCGGCUCCGCGUGCAGCGACCGGCCUCGGCUUCGUCCCGGACUCCUUUUCUACUUCCCGCUGUGACGUCCAAGUGUGAAGAUCUCAGGGCCUCCGGCGCGUGGCCCUCGUGCGCGGGGCCCCAAAUUUAGAACGAAAGAAAAGACACAUUUUUGUUAGUAUGAGCCGCUUAUAUGAGCCUCUUUCAUAAAUGAGGUAUUUGUUGUUGUUGAAGAAUGCACAGAAGGUUGUUGUGUAAUCAGACCAACAAGAUUCAUUCGUUGCACCUGCGUUUGUUUUGUUCAGACAUACACGGAAUUAAUGAGGAUAAUUAUAAAAGAGAGAAUUCAUUUCCAUUGUUAUUUAUUUUGUUUUUUUUUACCUUUGUUACAAAAACAAAAUACAAAAGUUCUCAUUUAACGAAGAGGGAAGAUGAAAUAUAUAUUAAUAUACACAUAAAACUCAAGUGUGUGCAUUCAUUUUUAUUCAUUGUUUUCACACUUGAAUAAAGAGAUAAUUCCCAAAUGUAUAACCUGACCUAACACCACCUCUGACCUUCUGCUCCUGGCCUCAGGUUCCUUAGAUUGAACUAAAAUCACCUUUAAAAUACGAACGGACCUUCGUCUCUCUCGUCUCGUUGAUGCUGCGGACUCUUCGUGAGACAGAAUUUGCAUAUUCAAACUAAUGGACGUCAUUAUUGUUCUUUCGUUGCAGUGUUGAUGCCAGAACUAUAAUGAGGAAGUAUUCAAACUCUCCCCCCUUCCCACCUGUGUUGAUGUUCUGACCUCUCACGUGUCCUCAUGCUCCCAUUACUUUACAUUUGGUUUUGCAUGGGACAUUUGAGUCAAUCUCUUUCAUAGUUUCGGCCUCCAUGUGAAGACAACAACAAACCCUGGACCAUCUAGUCCUUUGACACCAACGUGAGCUCAUCUGCAGCGCCGAUAAACGUGUUUAGGAUGAGUUUAAUUACGUUUCAUCUCUUCGUAGGACUGAUGUGUCGCUCCCUUUGACUGACACACCUUUCAUGUUCCAUUGCGUCUUCGCUCGGCUCACCUUCACGCUGCACAGUAAUGACACACAUUCAAAGGUAUUCAAAUCCCGUAAUAACAAAGGCAGCAGCAUGAUGGAGCUCAGCGGUAACGGUAAUGAUGCUCCACGAACACAGACAGAGGUCGUUGCAUAACGUGUAAAUAAUAAUAAAACAUGUAAAUGUCUGAA